GCUAUAAUGAUUUAGUUACCCGGAAUAAUUAAUGAGUAUGAGAACCGUGAUUCGGUAAAUAACAUAAUCGCUCGUCUGACACGGAAACGACUGUUUUCCCGCCAACGGUUACAAGUGUCCUUCGUUAAUUAUCGCAAACAAGAAUCAUUUUGGGUCAAAGGUCUGUAAUAGAAAAAUUGGAUGAACGUGAGCGAGAUUUGAAAAAAAUGGAUGGCAUCGUUUGAAACCGACCGGUCAGACAUCUAGUAGCUGGACGCGGAAUUAUUACGAAGGUAAACAUAUCGCAAGAGAUUUUCGAUGUAUCGAGUGUGAAGGGACAGCCACGUCCUUGAUAACGACGAUUUUUGUUCGUACAGGCCACCGUUUGAUCACCGCACGAAGAAAGCCAAUUUUCUCGGAGUAUUUAUCGCAUCGAUGAAACUGUAUUCCUUUCUUCUACGCUGUUUACAGCGUGGCCUCCCUGUGGAAUCACAACGGAGCCUCGACACCGUAAAUCUUGACUACUUGAAGCCGGAAGUGGUGCUCAGCGAGAACAAUCGGAAGUUGUUUAUCGAGAGGCUCAAGGCUCGUAAACCCAUAAAGGCAUUGGACGAGAAUGUGAAUCGUGCUGCCGUUUUGGUGCCAUUGUGCAAGCACAAAGGUGAACUGGGGUUUUUGUACACACUGAGGUCCACGAAACUGUCCUCGAACCGUGGACAAGUCUCGUUUCCAGGCGGUAUGUACGACAAGGAGGAUCUUAACCUUCAAGAAACCGCGUUGCGCGAAACCUGGGAGGAACUUAAAAUCCCGAGGGAGAAGAUUGACGUUUGGACUUCCGGUAACUUGAUCGAUAAGAAGAACGUACAUGUAAUGCCCGUUUUCGGUUAUAUCGGCGAUAUCGAGCCGAAUAAACUUCAGAUCAACACGAACGAGGUGGAAGAAGCUUUCAUUCUCAGUUUGAAAAAUCUGUGCGAUCUCUCGUUAUGCCGAUAUACGCAGUUUCGCGACUCUUACACUCUUCCGGUUUAUUUGGGCGGGAAACACCGCGUUUGGGGUUUCACGGCAAUGGUAACGCACAUGAUUCUAAACGCUUUAGUACCUGAUGCCUAUAAGCACAAGCUCGUAUACGUACAACCAAUUUUGCCAAAGAUUAAAGGUACACUUAAGAAUAAUGUUCAUUCGUGAGGUUAUAAUAUUAUUUAACUCUGUACUUUUCAUUCUCCGUCUCUAUGUAUAAUUUCACUGAUAGCAUAAAGGAUUGAAGAAAUUGUUAUCCCUCUUUUCUUAAAAAUUAGUAAUACGUUUUGUAACUGUGUAAUUAUUACCAAUGACCAGUGUUUUGUGAAUUUUAUCUCUGAAUAAUAAACACUCCCCGCGCCAUUUUUCUCCGUUAACGAAUUCUAAUUUACGAAUGAAU